AGAAUCGAAACUGAUCUCAGCUCAGAACCAAUGCGGGUGCACAGGAGCUCAUGGUUCCAGUGUUCCAAUGGCCCAGUAGCCUUGCCCAUCAUCCUGAAGAACCUGGCUAGCAUCAGAGAUGGCAUCCUCUGAGUGCAACCCAAGACCUGCCAGGAUGCCACUCACAAAGGGGCCGGACCUGGCUGGGCUCUGUGCUCAGAUGGACCUUCACCUAGGCUGUUCCCUAUGCACUCAGUGCCUCAAUCGGAACACUUACAUCCUGCAGCAGGUGGAGCACGACUGCCCCAGUGAGAUCUUGCUGGCCCGCUUCAAGCAAGCUGCCAAGACCAAUGUCUGGCGCAAGGUGGGCCACAGGCCCAUGUUCCCAAGGCCUUUGUGCUAUAAAGUCUGCCGUUACUUUAGCCCUGAGUUGGGCUGCAGACGCCAUUGGAACAGGUGCACCUUCGCCCACAGCCCUGAGGAGGCAUUGGUCUGGAACUUUGAACGCAAACACAACCUUCUCCGCUUGAGACUGAAAGCUGCUAUGCUGGGCACCAGAGCCCAGGGUGGGCCACAUGCCCCAGCUGAUAUUAUACAAGCAGAAUUUGGUGGCCACUUUUGGCUGCUCUGUGCCCUCUGCUUCAGGCGCCAUCCCCCAUGCCUCCGCCAUGUAGACUCCAGGGGUCAUUGCCCUGUGCACAAAACCUGCCCCUCACUCCUUACCCACGUGAACACUGAGGGCCACAAGCAACAGUUUGUGGAGGUGCGGCCACAGCCCCCAAACAGCCAUCCUCUAAACUACUGCAUGUUUGUGGGGCGUGGACAGCCAUGCCGCCAUGGGGCCUCACGCUGUCAAUAUGCACACAGUGCUGUGGAGAUGGCAGUGUGGAAGGCUGAGCGGCUGGAUGGGCUCCAGAGAGGGGCUCUGCUCACAUACCCUGCCCUCAGGGAAGACAAGCUUAAAGCCCAUCCUGGCCAGACCCCUGAAGCCCAGCUGUACUGCCAUGUCUGCCUGGUCACCUGCCACUCUCAGGAAGCCUUGGAGAACCACUGUUCUUCCCUGGAGCAUGCAGAGAUGGUGGCCUUUGAUCAGGCAGUGGCAUGGAAGCACCGUGCCCCACCCAUGGGGCUCUCCAAAUUUGAGCUCUGUCCUAGGCCUGACCUCUGCGAGUAUGGGGAUGUCUGCAUCAAGGCACACUCAGAACAGGAGCGUCAGGAGUGGGUCCAGCGGGCACAGGCUAUGGAGCGGCGUGAGCAGGCUGCCUGGCAGGAUGGGCUGGUGCCCUACAGGGCACGGCUGCUGGCUGAGUACCAGCGCAGCAGCAAUAAGGACCUGGUGAUGGCUGAGACCAUUCAUGGGGUGUCCAUUACCUGCCACCAGCCUCUGGUGCAUCAAGCCCAGGACAAGAAGGCUCUGCAUAGCUGGAUGUUCACCAUCCAUUCUGAGGACCCCCUGCUGCAUGUGGCCCUGCUCAAGCAGGAGCCUGGGGCAGACUUCUUGCUGGUGGGCCCCUGCCUUCUACCAGGCCGGCUUUAUGCACAGGGCAAGCACUUCCGUAUGCCUGAUGCCCCAGCCCAGUUUCUGGUGGGUGUGCAUGUGCAGGCCUUCUCUUUUGGCACCUUUGAGCAAUGGGUGGUCUUUGACUUUGGCCGCAGGCCAGUGCUGCUCCAGAAGCUAGUGCUGCAGCUAGGCCAGGCACAUUCUCCAGGUCUCUGUGGGAGGCCAACACCCAGCUGCCCUGAGGAGCUGGACUGCUGGCACAUAGGCAACCGCUAUGUGGUGUUCGAGGUGGAGCGGACACCUGAACAAGUGGCUCUUAUGGUCAAGUACAAAGUCCCAGAGUCCAGUGUCAGUGAUCUGGUCUGGGAUCCCAUCUCUUGCACCAACUACCGGCAGAGGAUGCACAGCUUUCUCUACAAGGAGGAGACAGCUCAGCAGCAGCUGGUGGACAAGCUGACCAUGAGGGGCCCAGUAUCCCUGAAGACAGCAUUACAGACGCCAGCACUCGGCAUGCUCUUUGCACCACCAGAAGCCCUCUAUGCUGAAGUCCCUGUCCCCUCUCUGACACCAGACACAGACCAGGGCUUCCUACUGGGCCGAGCAGUUAACACAGCCCUUGUGGCUCCUGUGCCUGCACCUGAUGACACAGUGUAUGAGGUGCGCCUGGAGAAACGAGCCAGCUCAGAGAAUGUGUUGUGGCUGCUGCUGCCAGCACGCUGCUGCAUUGCCCUAGGGCUGCAGCCUGAGACGAGCCCCAUCUUAGAGGUGCAGUUCCAGGUUGACCCUCUGAUAUUCUGGCUCUGGCACCAGGCAGUGGACACAUUGCCUGAGGAGCGCUCAGUGGUGCCUGAUCUGCUGGCUUGCUCCCUGCCUUGCCCUUGGCCCACCCCACCCUCGUUUUGUGGCAACAGCAAACAGAAGCUGGCUGUGGGGCUUAUUGCAGGCAGCAGCCAUGAGGACACAAAGCCUGUCCCACCACUGCUCAUCUACGGUCCUUUUGGCACUGGCAAGACUUAUACACUGGCCAUGGCUGCCCUGGAGAUUGUCCGGCAGCCCUGCACCAAGGUGCUCAUCUGCACGCACACCAACAGUGCUGCAGACAUCUAUAUCCGGGAGUAUUUCCAUGGCUAUGUCAUCAAAGGCCAUCCAGAGGUGGCUCCACUUCGGGUGAUGUACACAGAUCGCCCACCAAGCCAGACUGACCUGGCCACACUGAAGUACUGCUGCCUGACUAAGGACCGCCAGUCCUUUCGCAUGCCCACAGAGGCAGAGCUGGUGUGUCAUCGCCUGGUGGUCACCACCACCUCCCAAGCCCGCAAGCUCCAGGUGCCAGCAGGCUUCUUCUCCCACAUCUUCAUUGAUGAGGCAGCCCAGAUGCUAGAAUGUGAGGCCCUCACCCCACUGGCUUAUGCUUUGCCAUUCACCCGUGUGGUGCUGGCUGGGGACCAUAUGCAGAUCACACCCAAGCUCUUCAGUGUGCCCAGGGCCAAGGCCGCUAAUCACACACUGCUGUACCGCCUCUUCCUCCACUACCAGCAGGAGAAGCACAAGAUUGCCCAGCAGAGUCGCAUAAUCUUCCAUGAGAACUACCGCUCCACCACAGCCAUCAUCAGUUUUGUUUCCCGUCACUUCUACAUGGCCAAGGGAAACCCUAUCCAGGCCAGGGGCAAUGUCCCAUGCCACCCCCAACACUAUCCUCUCAUGUUCUGUCAUGUAGCAGGCAGCCCUGAGCGGGACAUGUCUAUGACAUCCUGGCUCAACGUGGCCGAGGUUGCUCAGGUGGUUGAGAAGGUACAGGAGGUCUACAAUACCUGGCCUUGCUGCUGGGGGGACCAGGAGCAGAGACAAAUAUGUGCUGUCUCCCAUGGUGCCCAGGUGAGCGCACUGAGGCAGGAGCUAAGGAGGAGAAACCUGGGUGAGGUGUCAGUGGGCAGUUUUGAGAUCCUGCCAGGACGUGAGUUCCGAGUGGUGGUGCUGAGCACUGUCCACAGCUGCCACAGCCUGCUUAGCCCUGGGGCACAAACCUCAGAGUUCUUCACUGAUUCCCGUGUGCUGAACACAGUCAUGACCCGUGCCCAGUCACAGCUGGUGGCUGUGGGAGAUGCCAUAGCCCUCUGUUCCUUUGGGGACUGCAGAAAUCUCUGGAAGAGCUUCAUCCGUGAAUGUGUGGAGCAUCACAGUGUCUGCCCUGAGGACCUAUCUCUGGGGCAGAUUGAACAGGGUGUGGCCCAGAGGCGGCACUGGACCUGUGUAGCACUCCAAACUGGGGGACCAGCUGCAGAGCACAUGGCUGUGGCCCAGGUUAUGCAGGGUUCCAUGGCUAAAGCAAGCACAGUCAGGGUGAAGGCAGAAGCUGGGACCAGGCCCUGGAUGGGCUUGCCAUUGAGGGAGGCAGCCUCGGCACAGGCUGACGCAUCAGCAGGGGACACAGCAAAGGGGGACUUGGUCCCUCAGGGUGCAGCAACAGGAGCGUCCACCCUGGAGGGGGUCGUGUCUGAGGACCUCGAGGACUUUGAAUCUGACUUCUGGCCCUCUGACUGGGAGCUCAACGCUGAUGACACCAUCCUGAAGGAACUCCUUGAUGAGAGCCGGCAGGUGACUGUGACUACUAGGGAGGAUGGGCUACUGGACACCAUGGCUCAGCCUAUGUCCCCACAUCAGGCCCGGCAGUACACAAACCUACCCUCAGCUACAAUGCAGAAGUUGCUGCACUCAGAGCCCAAAGUAUAUCGCCGCUGCGCCUUCCUUCAGGAGACAUUUGAACAGGCCUUGGCCACUCCACUGGAUGACAUGGGCUCCAGUCCCAUCCAGAUCAGGGGUCGCCUGAACUGCGGGAUGGCCUUCUCUGGGGAUGAGGUGCUGGUGAAGGUCUUGGGCCUGGUGGCUGGUGACAGGGGCACCCCAGGGCAGCUGCAGGGCUGUGUGGUAGGAGUGCUAAAGAGGAGGAAACGUGAGCUGACCUUCUUGUGCCGGAUGGACAAAUGGGAUCCCCGCAUUAUGAUCCCCAUCAACAUCUCUGUGACCAAGAUCUUUGUGGCAGAGCUGAAGAAUCCACAGCAGAUCCCCAUUCACUGCCUAUCCCAGGGUCGCAUGCAGCGUGUAAGACAUGAAAAUCUCACACCCGAGGCCCUGCGCAACCGGCUGUUCUGGGUCCGUAUUGUCCUAUGGCGGAAACGUUUCUAUUAUCCACUGGGCAUCAUCCUGGAGGUGCUACCUGAGGCUAGUACCUGGGAGCAGGGCCUUCAUGCCUUAGACCUGGAGCAUGGCCUAAGGGCCCCCAUUCCAAACCCAGCCUCUAUCUCCAAGGCACUGCAGAGAUACCAAUCGGAGCUCAGCAUGGCUACCCGUUACCGAGAGGACUGCCGGAACAUCCUGACCUUCACUGUGGACCCCCAGGGUGCUUGCAACCUUGACGAUGCCCUCAGUGUUAAGGAUCUAGGCCCAGAGUAUGAGGUGGCUGUGCAUAUUGCUGAUGUGGCCAGCUUGUUGCCCAGAGAUGGGGUGUUGGACAAAGAAGCCCGCCGGCAAGGCAUUGCUUUCUAUGCCCCCAAUAGGGAGCCAGUGCCCAUGCUUCCAGCUAGCUUGUCCCAGGAUGCGCUUAGCCUCUUGCCAGGCCAGGACCGCCUUGCCAUCUCUCUCUUCCUCACCUUGGAGAAGGGUAGUGGCAAGCUCCAGAGCCUGCACUUUGCACCCUCUGUGAUCUGCUCUGACUUCCAGCUGACCUAUGAGGAGGCUGAGGUGUUGAUCAAAGGGUACCCGGGAGCUGGUCUGGAGCUGCCAACCCACCUGGACUCUGUGGAGGCCUGUGUUGUGGCCGCUUACUACUUCUCCUGGGUGCUGCGCCGGCAACGCUUGCUGGCUGCUUGCCACUAUGAGCCACCCGAUGAGGACAGUGGGUUGGGCUUUCGUGCAGCCCACAUCAUGGUUCAAGAGUACAUGAUCCAGUUUAAUAGCCGGGUGGCUGAAUUCCUGAUCGGCAACAAGCAUACACAGUCAGUCACACCACUGAGGUGGCAGCCCACACCCAGUACCCACCAGCUCAAUGCUGUGUCAGAGAAACACAGGGAGCUCGUGCCCCUGUCGCUGCACUUGUGCCACCACUUGCAUGGCACCCAUAACACCCCCAGAAAGCAGCUACACCUUUUGACUUCCCUCUGGAAGCAUGUGCAGCUUGCAGCUCAUAACCAGGACUAUAGCCAGAUGGUGGACCUCAUUGCCACAGAUGACAUGCAUCCUUCAUUGGCGCCUAUGAGCCUGGACUUCCGAAGGGCUCUGGGCCGCAGUGUUUUUGGCCACUCUGGCCAGGGUGAGCAACAGCCAAUUGGCCACUACUCUCUUCAGGUGGACUGGUACACAUGGGCCACAUCACCCAUCCGCAGGUACGUAGAUGUGGUGCUCCAGCGGCUGAUUCUUUUGGCUCUGGGCCAUGGAGGCUCUGUGUACUCCAUCAAGGACAUAGAUGGACUCUGCCAGGACUUCAGUGGCCAGUACGCAUCCGCCCAGAGCUACCAGCGGCGGGCCUGUAGCCUGCAUCUGGCCAUCCAGCUCAAGACCCAGCCUCGAGACAAACUGGGCUUUGUGGUAGAUGUUGAGAUAGGUGCCCACUGCUUCAAGCUGCUCUUCCCUGCCAACCGAGAAACUCUGCCUGACCCAUGCCCUGUCUACUACCAUUCCUUACAGCUGGCUGAACACCCCCAUGAGCUCGUGAACCAGCCAGGCCUGAGGCUUGUGUGGAGGCGCCGUAUCUAUUCCAUGCAGCCAUCUCAGCCACCCUCCCCACUGCCUGGCAUCCUGUUUGACCCACAUACUUGGGUUGUCAGUGCAGCCCUAUGGAAGCAGCUGCUGGCCCUGGUGGAAGAUCAGCAUUGGCCUAAGGUGGCUGCCCUUGUCCAGGAACAGGAUAAAGAGGAGUUCCAGCAACGGGAGCUGGGAAAAGUGCACCACCAGAGUGGCUAUGGUCAAUACGUGGAGGUGGUGCGGGAGCUGGGCAGAGGUGAUACGCUGCAAGUACAGCUCAGUGCCAGCCUGCAGCGAGGCUUCCUGGCACCAGCCCUGCAGCUGUGGACUGUGGUGCCUGGCUUCAGCCUCUGCCUGCAGCAUAUGGAGCAACCGGGAGACUGUUUCUCAGGCCCUGAAGGCCAUGUGCAGAAGGCCUUGCGAGAUCAGUACCGCAAAGUAGGCGAGUACUCACGUGUGUGGGGACCACUAUGUGCACUGGAGUCAGUCACCAAUGCUGUUGCAGAGAAUGAUUCCAUCUUGCUGCAGCAUGUGCGCAUUUUUUGGGAUGCAGAGAGGACAUUUCAGGGGCAGCUACAGGGCACCUUCCAGCUAGAUGCUGCCUUCCUCCAAGAGAAUGGUAUCAACAUUCAUUUUGGCUGUUGCUACCUCUGCAUCCGGCUCGAGGGGCUCCCCGUUCCCCCAGCCAACCCAUCCCCUGAGCUUAGCUGCCUUGGCCCCCUUCUGAGCAUUGACCCUGGUACAUAUACCUGGGUGGCUCAUGGACUGGCUGAUGACUGGGACCAGGAGGGCAGGGAAGAUCGACAAGAGGCUCCCAGAGAGGUGCAUUUCUUCAUCCACCACAUGGCCAUGGAGAAUAUUCCAGAACAAGUGCUGAGGCCCAGUACCCUGUUCACUGUGGAGGUGCUGUCUAAACAGCUUCCUGACCUCCGCAAGGAGGAAGCUGUGCAUAGGCUGAAGAAGGCCUCCCCACUGGUCAUCAGCAUUGCCCUGGGCCGGCCCAUCCCCCAGCUCUGUCACCAAUCUCACCAGCACUUCUUCCGCAGAGUGCCUGCCAGAAGGUUCCUGGAGCGGCCUGCCUAUGAUAUCCCUGGAGAACUUCUUAAGCUGAACCCCAGCCAGAACAAGGCCAUCAGGAGGGCGCUAGAGAGGCCAUUCACAGUCAUCCAGGGCCCACCAGGUACAGGGAAGACAGUCGUUGGCCUCCACAUCGUAUUCUGGUUCCACAGAUUAAACCAGGAGUGGGUACCAAGUAUCAACAGCCUUUGUGGAGAGGACCAGAGGGGAGGCCCUUGUGUCUUAUGCUGCGGCCCCUCCAACAAGUCGGUGGAUGUCCUGGCAGGACUGCUCCUGAGUCGGAGGGCAGAGCUGAGGCCCUUGCGGGUAUACAGUGAACAAUUAGAAGCUACUGAGUUUCCGAUGCCAGGUGUGGGCAGCAGGGGCCUACUCAGCAAGACCCCUCGGGAGGGGAGGCCAAACCAGAGACUAAGGAGCAUUACCCUGCACCACCGGAUCCGCCAGACCUCCAACCCAUAUGCAGCAAAGGUCAGGGCAUUUGAUGCCCAGCUACGGGAAGGAGAAGUGCUGUCUAGGGAAGAUCUUGUAGAGUAUAGAAGGGUCAUGGGCAAGGCCAGGAAGUUUGAGGUCAUGCAGCAUUCGGUCAUCCUGUGCACAUGCUCCUGCGCAGCCUCAGGCAGCCUGCAAAGCCUGAAUGUUCGCCAGAUCCUCAUCGAUGAGGCAGGCAUGGCCACUGAGCCAGAAACCCUCAUUCCCCUGGUGUGCUUCACAAACGUUGAGAAGGUGGUCCUGCUUGGAGACCACAAGCAGCUGCGACCUGUGGUCAGAAGUGAGCAGCUGAGAAAUCUUGGGAUGGACCGGUCUCUCUUUGAGCGGUAUCACAAGGAUGCCAUCAUGUUGGAUACACAGUACCGCAUGCACGAGGGCAUCUGCUCUUUCCCUUCCAUAGAGUUCUAUGACAGUAAGCUGAAGACCUGGCCAGGCCUGAGGCGACCACCAAGUACCCUGGGCCAUGCUGGCAAGACGAGCUGCCCUGUCAUCUUUGGCUAUGUGCAGGGCCAUGAGCAGAGGCUUCUGGUGUCCACAGAAGAUGGGCACGAGAACUCUAGGGCCAACCUAGAGGAGGUGGCAGAAGUGGUCCGCAUUACCAAGCAGCUGACCCUGGGCAAGACAGUGGACCCCAAGGAUGUUGCCAUUCUUACACCUUACAAUGCACAGGCUGCAGCAAUCAGCAAAAGCCUCAUGCAGGAAGGGGUCAGUGGAGUGACUGUGAUGUCCAUCACCAAGAGCCAGGGGAGUGAGUGGCGCUAUGUACUGGUGAGCACUGUACGCACAUGCCCCAAGAGUGACAUGGACCAGCGGCCAACGAAGAGCUGGCUCAAGAAAUUUCUGGGUUUUGUUGUGGACCCUAACCAAAUGAAUGUAGCCAUCACCCGGGCCCAAGAGGGGCUCUGCCUAAUUGGAGACCACCUGCUACUGCGUUGCUUUCCACUCUGGCGCCAUUUCCUGGAUUUCUGUGAGGCCCAGAAGAGCCUUGUUCCUGCCAGGCAGGUGCAGGUCCGGAGGAGGACAGCCGUGUCUUCCUGAAGCAUCCCUAGCUGCCCAGCCCUUGCUGUGCCAUGGUUGAAGAUAUGCCCUUCACUUUCCUGUGCCGAGGGCCUGGACAUGCAUCAGAUCGCCUUGACUCUGGUGGCCCCGGCUAGACAUCAGCUUGCUAUCUGCCGUGUACCUGGGCAGGGUCCUUGGUGACUGGCCAUGGCCAUGCAGCAAUGACAGCUUUGUAGGUAGGGGCAUCUUCAUGGGACAGAAGUAGGCCCAGUGCUGACCUUCCAGUUUGUGCCUAAACUUCAGUGGAGGGGAAAGAGCUGGAGGUGUGUCCCUUUGCUUCUAGCUAUGUGGCUUUAUCUGUACACUUAGUCCCAAGGAAGCUGCAAGGGAUCCCAGAUUUUCAGGAGACUCCUCUGCUCUUACUGUGGAGUCUCCAACAAGGCUACACUUUGACCUUAGGAUCCUUACAUUUUUGCACUGAGCAUCACGUAUGCAUUUGCCUUAUUUUAUACUCUUUAUUUUUCAAGGUAGGGUCUCACUCUAGCCCUGUCUGAUUUGGAAUUCACUAUGGAGUCUCAGGGUGGUCUUGAACUCAUGGCAAUCCUCCAAC